AAAAAAUGAUUCCAAAUCCUCAAAAAUCAUCAAUUUUACUCCAAAGAAUCACUUCCAACAAUCCUUCUAAUUGUAACAAACAAUCCCACCAAUCACUACAGCGCCACACACCAAUACCAUGCACCGAAGAGGUACCAGAUUCCGUCGUCAAAUAUCACGCGCAUCUAGUGGGACCCAACCAGUGCUGCUCCGCCGCGAUCCAGCGGAUAUCAGCACCGGUAUCCACCGUAUGGUCCGUCGUCCGUCGAUUCGACAACCCUCAAGCGUACAAACACUUUGUCAAGAGCUGUCAUCUCAUCGACGGAGACGGUAACGUAGGCACUCUUCGUGAAGUCCGAGUUAUCUCCGGGCUGCCAGCUGUCAACAGCACGGAGAGACUGGAAAUACUUGACGAAGAGCGCCACGUUAUUAGUUUUAGCGUAGUCGGUGGGGACCACCGACUCGCAAAUUAUAAAUCUGUUACUACUUUACAUCCGGAACCUUUAGGUAAUGGGACGAUCGUUGUGGAAUCGUACGUUGUUGAUGUACCAAAGGGGAAUACUAGAGAUGAAACGUGUGUUUUUGUUGAUACUAUUGUAAAAUGGUAUGAUGAUUUGAAGAAUCGUUGCACCUUUUAGCUAAUGUUGUUCAUCACUUGUUGAAGAUAAAUUCAUGGUUAGAAUUAAUUUCUUUCUAUGGUUGUUUUUUU